AUGUCUCACGAAUCUGUCUGGGCAAGCCGACCUCACGGUUACGGCAAGGGCGCUCGCCAGUGCCGCGUCUGCACUCACCGCGCCGGUCUGAUCCGCAAGUACUCUCUCGACCUGUGCCGUCAAUGCUUCCGUGAGAAGGCUGCCGCCAUUGGAUUUGUCAAGCACCGAUAA